CCCUGCACUUUCGGUCCGAUCCGCGGCCGCCCGCUCCGUCUCCGGAGCGCCCUUCAACCGUCCCCUGACCCGCUUCCGAGUGCCAGUGCAGCUCGAGCCCGCCGACCAUGCCCGCGGGCGUGUCCUGGACGUCCUACCUGAAAAUGUUCGCCGCCAGCCUCCUGGCCAUGUGCGCCGGCGCGGAGGUGGUGCACCGGUACUACCGGCCGGACCUGACAAUACCUGAAAUUCCACCAAAGCCUGGAGAACUCAAAACAGAGCUUUUGGGACUGAAAGAGAGACAAGAUGAACCUCAAAAUUCAUCUCUGCCAAGAACUCUGUGAAUAAUAUUAUGAGAGUUAAAUAUGUAUUUUUAGAAUUUACUGAGUCAAACUACUUGUGUUUAAGCACUAAUACAAUGCUAACUGCAGAGGAAGUGCUCAGCAGAUGUUAACUGAUGCAUUGAGAUUUAGUUAUGGUUUGACUAGUGUUUCUUGAAAACUGCCAAAGCUUAUAUCAUCAGCUCCUCUGAUGUGGUUUGAUAGAUACCUAGUCUUAAAUAUCAUGUGAGAGAACAUAUUUGCAGUGUCUCCUACCCUUAUAAUUCUGGUUUAUUUCUCUGAAUAAGCUUGACUAUAACGGCAAAUGGGAAUUAUAAAUUAACUAUAAUAAAAGUGACAUUGACCAUGAAUGCUUAGGGUGAGAAGUUAAUAUUUCUCUAAAUAUUGGAAAGUACUAUUUGUACUAAACUGAAUUCAGUUGAAAUAUUUAAAGUUUGAAAUUCUUUUAGAGUUGUAUACAUAACAAAAUUAUAAACAAUUGUGACUUGGACGGUCACAAGUUCUCUACCCCCAAAUUUGAGAUACCACUUGGCAUUUAAUUCUCUUAUAAAAUAUAUUCUAAAAUAACUGAUAAACAUAAAUGAGUAUUGUUAUGGGUUGAAUUGUAUCCCCCCAAAAGAUGUUGAAGUCCUAACUCCCAGUACCUGUGAGUGUGUAUUUGGAAAUAGGGUCUUUGCAAUUGUAAUGAAGUACAAAUGAGGUCAUUAGGGUGGGCCCUAAUCCAACGUGAAUGGUGUCUUUUUAUAAGAAGAGGAAAACGCCAUGUAAAGACAGACACACAGGGAGAAUGCCAGGUGAUAACAGAGGCAAAGAUUGGAUGCAGCCACAAGCCAGGGGACACCACCAGAAGCUAGGAAGAGACAGGGCAGGAUUCUACCCAGAGUCUGAACAUGGCUCUGCUGACACGUGGGUUUCAGACUUUUGGCCCCUAGAACUGUGAGAGAAUAAAUUUCUGUUGUUUUAAGCCAUCCACUUAGUGGUUCUUUGUUAUGGCAGCCCUGGGAAACUAAUAGCAACGUGUUAGCCCUUUUCUGAGUCUGAAAGCAGGUCGAAAGUAAUUUAUAGAGCAGUCAGCUCUGUGUUCAGGGCUGUUUUUCCAAAAGAAGUUUUUAAAAUUCUGAAUUUCUAAUGAUAAUGUCUAAGCUUAUUACUUCUUAGCCAGUUACCAGAUUGCUACAUGAUAGAGAUCUUUGGGGUCAAUGCUGAAAUCUUAAAUUCCUAAGUGCAAACAAAAUGCUUUUGUUUCUCUCCAUAGUCAGUGCCCUUUUAGUUUAACAGUAUAAAGCAACUAAAUGAAACGGUGUAUUUCCAGACUUAUAUACCAGAUUUUUCUUUUCCGCUCUCUGUCAUUGGGUACUUUAUCAUAUGUUCCCAGCACAAAGAGAAUCUUCAAUUCUGUCAGUGACAGAUGAGCAGUACCCUACCCUAGGAAAACAAGGGCUGGGAUUCUGAAGUAGAAG